CACAUUGGGCUAUUGUUUAGUCACGAAGAAGAAUGAUAGGGGAGUUGAGCUUCAGCAGGACUGUUGUUAUAGGUGAUGUGCGUCUGUGGCGGUCUACUCAUUUAAAGGAAACUCACCGAGACUUUGUCCUUUGGUUGGGCGGCGCUCUCAUCUCAGCCAGCACGCAGAGAGACCCACCCAUCUGCACGGACGCCUCAUGACACCAGCUUGUAAAAGUGUGUGUGAGAGAAUGGCUGUGAUUGUGGGAGUGUGUAUGUGCACGUGUGCACAUGCGUCUUCGUUAAAGGGAUUAAGGAUUAAUUGCCUUCAAAGAUAGACUUAACUGCUUACAUGAAGUUUGUAAAGUUCUCACUUGGCCCCAGAGAGGAAAACAACAUAGCAUAGUGAGGAGUAGAGGAAAGUUCUCUCUUGAUUUUUUUUUUCCUUCAGAAGUUUGUAUUUUUGUUGUCUUUUGGUCUGGAGUGUAAUGCCACUUGAGGGUGAGUUGAUACAGCCGGCAGCUGAAGCAGGAGACCUGAGAAUGAUGGAAACCAACCCCCCCAAGUCAGCUAAGAAGCCCCGCUGGACCUCCCUGGAGGUCGGCCUAACUACUAUCGUCUCCUUGCUCUUUAUCGUCAUCGUCGCCCUCAUCAUCCUCUUUGCCACACAGAAGACUGAUGAAAUCUGCACCACAGGUGACUGCACACAAUCAGCGUCUCGCCUCAUUGAGAACAUGGAUGAUAGUGUGGACCCUUGUGACAACUUCUACCAGUACGCCUGUGGAGGCUGGCUGAAAAAGAACAUCAUCCCUGAGACCAGCUCUAGAUACAGCACCUUUGACAUCUUACGAGACGAACUGGAGGUUAUCCUCAAAGGUGUCCUUGAAAAAACAGACGAGGGGGAAGCCACCGCUCUCACCAAGGCUAAGACCCUUUACAAGUCCUGUACCAAUGAGAGUUUAAUUGAGCUCAGGGGAGGGGCUCCUUUGCUCGACAUGCUGCCUGAUGUGUUUGAGUGGCCCGUAGCUGUGGACAACUGGGAGACCAACUAUGGUAAAACAUGGAGGUUGGAGGACGUCAUCGCCAAGCUGAAUGAGAAAUAUGGAACUCAACUCUUGGUCAACUUUUUUGUCGGCACCGAUGACAGGGACUCCAAUUCAUACAUCAUUCAUUUUGACCAGCAGACAAACCUCGGCCUCUUAUCUAGAGAUUACUACGCUUGCACUGGACCCUACGCAGAGGCAUGUCGGGCCUACGAGAAGUUCAUGAUUGACCUUGCCAAGCUGAUCCGCAUUGACCGGGGAUUGAACAUCAGUGAAACAGACAUCAGAGAGGAGGUGAAACGAGUUAUGGACCUGGAGAGAGACAUCGCCAAUGCUACCGAUACUCCAGAGGACCGUAACAACCCAGUGUUGCUUUACAACAAGAUGGAACUGGGUGAUCUGAACGCCAACUUCACCCUUGAGGUUGAAUCGCAGGUAUUUGACUGGAGUUACUUCACAGCUAAGAUAAUGGAUACAGUCAACAUCAGCGUUCCUGACACAGAGAAGGUCAUAAACUACUCCCCCAACUAUUACAGAAGACUCAACCUUAUCUUGGCCAGAUACAACAAAAGGGAUCUGCAGAACUACAUGGUGUGGCGUUUUGCUAUGAACAUGGUGGUAGGCCUGAGCAGAUCUUACAGGGACACCAGGAAAGCCUUUCGCAAGGCUCUGUCUGGUACAACGUCAGAGGCAGCAGUGUGGCGACAGUGUGCCCUUUACGUCAACAACAACAUGGACAAUGCUGUGGGACGACUGUAUGUGCAGGAGGCCUUCUCUGAAAAAAGCAAAGAACUGAUGGAGGAGAUGAUUAAAGACAUUCGGGAAGUGUUCAUUAGUAACCUUGAUGACCUGACCUGGAUGGAUGCAGAGACCAAGAAAGCAGCUGAGGAGAAGGCCCGAGCUAUUCGGGAACGGAUCGGCUAUUCCGACAACAUCAAGGAUGACAAAUACCUUAACAAUGAGUACAACGAUCUGGCCUACAGUGCAGAGGAGUACUUUGAAAACAUCCUACAGAACCUGGAGUACGUGCAGAAGAAACGCCUGCGGAAACUCAGAGUCAAAGUCAACAAAGAGGAGUGGGUAACUGGAGCUGCUGUUGUCAACGCCUUCUACUCAUCCAGCAAAAAUCAAAUAGUUUUCCCUGCAGGUAUCCUGCAGCCGCCUUUCUUCAGCAAAGGCCAGGCUAAAUCUCUCAACUAUGGUGGCAUUGGCAUGGUGAUCGGUCACGAGAUCACACAUGGCUUUGAUGACAAUGGUCGUAACUAUGAUAAAGAUGGUGAUCUGAAGGACUGGUGGACACCAGGCUCCACUGAUAGGUUCCUGGACCUGUCGAAGUGCAUCGUCAAUCAGUAUGGCAACUUUUCCUGGGACCUGGCCAAUGGACUUCAUUUAAAUGGUAACAACACCCUCGGGGAGAACAUUGCUGACAAUGGAGGGAUACGGCAGGCAUAUCAGGCCUAUAAGAACUAUGUGGAAAAGCAUGGAGAGGAGCCAUCACUGCCGGGCAUUAACCUUUCCCACAAUCAACUCUUCUUCCUAAACUUUGCUCAGGUGUGGUGUGGAACGCACCGACCAGAGCAAGCUGUUAAUUCCAUUAAAGUAGAUGUACACAGUCCAGGGAAAUUCAGGGUACUGGGCUCUCUUCAGAAUUUCCCAGAAUUUGCCAAAGCAUUCAACUGCAAAAAGAACAGCUACAUGGUCCCUGCCAACAUCUGCCGUGUGUGGUGAUCCACAGAACUCUGGGAUAGUGUCGCCCCUGUCCCCCUGCAGUACCUCUCCCCUCUGACUGUUGGAGCACUCGUGGGGGGCUACAGGGAAGUGAAAGCUCCCCUUAGCUCUUUACUGAAUGGACCAAGGCCGGUGGAUUGACACUGCAGUAUGCACUUCCUCCGCGGAAAGCAGUGGACUGUACCCUCACGGACGGAUGGAGCACUGUCUCUCCGACUCUGAUACUGUAGUUCAUUCAAUCAGCCUGAGUAUUCCCCUACUCACUGGACACAAUCACUCCUUCUGUUUAAUUUUUUUCAUCUUGUUUUACUCAUCAUUUGCGAGUCUGCCAAUGUGUGUGUGUGUGUGUGUGUGUGUGUGUGUGUGUGUGUGUGUGUGUGUGUGUGUGUGUGUGUGUGAGUGUGAGUGUGUUUCAGUCAAAAUACUGUACAAGUAGUUGUCAAGAGAGGGGCAGACAGACAAAUGUGCUCAAAUCCACCGACAUGAAUACACCACCCACCCACCCACGCUCAUACACGUGUAACAGGGCUGAACCACUGUUCUGUAUGUGGGACAGAGCUGUAUGGCUCUCAUCAAACCUCAGCUGGUUUCAGCCUUCAUCUACAUGCUGAUACACUCUACAAUGUAUUCAUAAUGUACUCUUUGUUAAUACUUAGAACUAGAUUAAGUAAAUUAUUACAGAAAAUCUGAAUUUAUUUUGCUGAAUAGACCAGUGCGUUUUUAUCCAUGAUAGCAUAUUACACAAUACUGUUCUAUAUUUAAUGAUAAUGACUUAACUGCAGUUGACAGGCAGCUGCUGCUCAUUAGCAGUAUUUCAAAUUAACCAAAAUUCAAACUUUGCCUUGAAGACAGCUGGUCAUGAAUCAUUGAGUUGACAAUCGACAGUCACCAGACCCUUUUAUACAUUCACUGAACCUCCUGUGUGUUUGUGUGUGGAUGUAUGUCUCUAUGUGUUUUCCAGUCUUUUUAAUUCAUUAUGAUCGCUGCCUGCUGUUUGCCAAGCAAAUUGGUAUGCCUUACAUGAUCUUUUUGUGCUGCUCUGUCUGAGCGUGUGAAUGUGUAUUUGCGGGACGAAAAAAAGGACAAUGUAUCAUUGAAGCAAUAGUUUGACUUUUUCGUUGCUUUUCUUGCCGACUGUUACAUUAGAAGAUCAGUACCACUCUCAUGUCUUUAGGCUACAGCCAGUAGGCGGUUAGCUUAGCUGAGCAUUAAGACUGGAAACAGCUAGCUUGGCUCUGUCCAAAGGUAAAAAAACAAUGACAUGGAAAGCUCACUAAUGACCUGGCUACUUCUUGUUUGUUUAACCAGUACAGUACCAGUUGUGGUUUUGUGGAGCGUUAUGUGUCUGACUGUUUCUUGGCUGAGAGCAGUGACUUCCUGGAGUCUUCGCCAGCUGCCCGCCACCUGAUGGUGAUGACAGGACUUGAGAACUUGGAGUCUUUACCCUUUAGUUUUUCUAUGGCUUAAAAAAAAAAAA